AUGAAUAAAGAAGUGUGUAAAAGUUUUAUGAGUGUAUGGGAGUUUUUCCCCGAUGAAUUGGGCACCAACGGAGAGUAUCAAUUUAAAACAGAAAAUUUCUUAGAUAGUUAUUGUAAUGAUUAUGAAUGUGGUACUAAUUACGGAAAACUUAAUGCUGGAUUUUUUUAUUUGCUUAAUAAAUUCUUUUGGAGUUCUGGGUCAUCGUAUGAUGAGCAAAAUAUUAUAAAUGUUGUUGAAUAUAUUAUUCUAUGGUUAAGUUAUAUGUUAAACCUAAAGAGUACUGAAGAUGAUACCAUUACCAAUCUAAAUAAUUUUUAUAAAGUAAAUGUAAAUAAACACGAAAAGUAUAAUAGUUUCAUUGAUCUUAUAAAUAAUAAAAAAGAAUUGAUGAAUAUUUCUAAAGAUAAAGUGUCUAAACUUUAUAAUUUAUUUAAAAUUUUAUGUGAAAUGUAUACUAAAUUUGAUGAAGACACGUCAAUUUGCACAAAAUGUUCGGAACAAGCUAAUAAAUUUGAUAAACAAUAUGAAGAACUUUACAAGGAUUAUAAUAGCACUAACGACAGUUCCUAUAAUCAACUAUUGUGUACUUUAUCAAUUGAUUAUGAUAAUUUAAAAAGUAAAUGUAGCAAUUGUUCAUCCUUUCCAGAGAUAAAAAAACCAAAAAAAUGUGUAGAAAAUUUUAAACAAAAUCCUGAACGAGCUGUACAAAGAUUAGAACAAAUUUCUGAAGAUGCAUCAUCAAGCUCAUCGAUAACAAACAAAUUAUUUACAGUUUUAUCGAUAUUUGCUGCAAUAGCAUUUUUUUUAGGAAUUUCUUAUAAGUAUUCGUUAUUUGGAUUUCGGAAACGAUUUAAAAAACAACAAAUAAGAGAAAAAAUAAAAAAUAUAAAGAAGAGAAUAAAUCAUUAA